CUGCUAUUCCCCCCUGCAGCAUCCCCUUGCCCCCCUGCCACCCCUGCAACACCGCUCCGUCCGAACUACUGCGCCGUCUCCCACGCCAGCUCAGCGAGGAACCACUCCAUUAUCCUCGCCUUCCAGCAAAGACGCUUCUUUCACACGCCCGCUCCAACUCGACUACCCAAGUACCUAUCAUGUCUGAAGAAGCCCCAGUAAAGGCCGUCCAGGUCAAGCUUGUGUUGCUCGGCGAAGCUGCUGUCGGAAAGUCGUCGCUUGUCCUCCGAUUCUGCUCGGGCGACUUUGACGAAAACACCUCUCCCACCAUCGGCGCUGCUUUCUUGACUCAAAAAUGCCGAUUGGAAAACAGAGUGGUCAAGUUUGAGAUCUGGUCAGUGAACUCGUUUUCUCAGAGGGCGUGCACUGAUGCAUGCUUACAGGGAUACCGCCGGUCAAGAACGUUUCCACUCUCUCGCACCCAUGUACUACCGUAACGCCCAGGCCGCCGUCGUGGUGUACGACAUUACAAAGGCUAGUUCGCUUGAGAAGGCCAAAGCUUGGGUUAAGGAGCUCCAAAGGCAAGCAAACGCCAAUAUCGUCAUUGCACUCGUCGGCAACAAGUCCGAUCUCGUUUCCGCUUCGACAUCUCCCGCAUCCCCUGCGAAAGGCGAGGACGGAGAGGAAUCUCAAGAGGCUGCCGAGGCCUCGGCGAGUGGAGAGGAAGAUGCUCGACAAGUAUCCACUGCCGAGGCUGAACAGUAUGCGAAGGAGAGCGGAUUGUUGUUCUUUGAGGCUAGUGCAAAGACGGGAAAGAAUGUCAACGAGGUCUUCACCGAAAUUGCCCAAACAAUCCCCUUCGACUCUGCCCCCAAGCCCGCUGCCGGUGCCCAGCAAAAUGCCAGGCGAGACGGUGCCAAUGCCCAGGAAGGAGGGAGAGUGAACCUGGGAGAGGGUCAGCAGGCCAAGAAGGGCGGAUGCUGUUAGACAUGCUUUAUUGACGUGUUUGUGCUGAGGGGGUAGAAAAUCCAGAGGGAGGAAAUCACGAGGUCGUUGAUGAUUGUGUGUGGUUCUAUCAUUUAGGCUUUUCCGUUUUGUCUCGCCAUCAGUUAGUUUGAUUCCUGUGUAUGUUCUUUUUUGAUAUAUGGUUCGUUGAUACGUAUGUUAUGGACUUGACGCAUACACGCCAAGAGAUUGGUCACUGUCAAGCUGACUUUUGUAUCUC